AUGCUUCACGUGGGCACACCUUCGAUCUUUAUCAACUUUGCGGGGCGGCCCAUUGCCCAAGGGCACCAGUCAUCCUUCUCCACGCGUCGGGCGGCUGAUGCUAUGAGGCUUCAGGCAACAUGGCUGCCUCUGGCCGCCCUUAUCACUAACACAGCAGCAAAUGACAAGAUUGAAGCUGUUCGGGAAGUAUUCAAGAGGACGUGGGACGGGUAUCGUGAGUAUGCCUGGGGCCACGAUAGCUUGAGGCCUGCCACGAACGGCUCCUUUGAUGAUAGUUAUAGGAAUGGCUGGGGAGCCAGCGCAGUGGAUGCUCUGAGCACAGCUAUCAUUAUGGGUGAGACGGAAGCCGUGGGACAUAUUCUCAAGUUUAUCCCGACCAUCGACUUCGGAACGACAAGCACGGAGGUCUCGUUAUUCGAAACAACCAUCCGCUAUAUUGGUGGUCUACUCUCAGGGUAUGACCUGCUGCGUGGUCCAUAUAAGGACAUGGCGCCAAGCAAAGAAGCUGUCGAUAACUUACUAGAACAAGCCAUCAGAGUUGCAGACCUCAUCAAAGUUGCUUUUGAUACCCCCAGCGGCGUGCCGGACAACGACUUGAUCUUUGACCCGGAGCCUCGGAGGAAAGGAACUCCGGACAACUGGGUUGCGACGGUCGGCUCGCUGGUCCUCGAAUGGGAACGUCUCAGUGACCUCACAGGGAACAGGGAGUAUGGAGAAUUAGCCAAGAGAGCCCAGGCAUAUCUCCUUGACCCGCAACCGCCUGAACUUGAACCUUUCCCCGGCUUGGUGGGUAGUCGAGUAUGGGUGGACAAUGGCACGUUCGUGGACGCCAUGGGCGGGUGGAACGGCGGGACUGACAGCUUUUAUGAGUAUCUCAUCAAAACGUACAUCUACGAUCCGGUUCGGUUUGAAUCAUAUAAAGAUCGGUGGGUCCUCGCAGUGGAAUCAAGCAUGAAGCAUCUAGCAUCCCACCCGACGACCAGACCGGACCUGACAUUUCUAUCCAUGUAUUUGGGGGAAACCCUUUUCUUCUACAGUGGCCACUUGGCGUGCUUCCAGGGAGGCAACUUCAUCCUCGGGGGUCUCGUGCUCGACGAACCACGAUACGUCAAUUUUGGCCUCGAAUUGACGGCGGGCUGUCGCGAGAGUUACAUCCAGACGACGACGGGGAUCGGGCCGGAGCUUUUCACGUGGCAGGACAACGCCACGGCACCCGACGCACCGAACAACUCUCCACCGCCCGAGGAGUACGCCGACUUUUAUGAAAAGGCGGGGUUCUGGAUCGUAAGCCCGCAGUACUCGUUGCGGCCGGAGGUGAUCGAGAGCUACUACUACGCAUAUAGAGCUACGGGGGACGAAAUGUACAGGAAAUGGGCGUGGGAUGCAUUUGUGAAGAUUAACAAUACAUGCUCGGUCGGCAGCGGGGUCUCAUCGAUAGCCGAUGUGCAGCUAACGGUUGGAGCUCCGGUGUUUUACGAUUUCCAGGAAAGCUUUUGGUUUUCCGAGGUUUUGAAGUACAUCUAUCUUAUAUUAGAAGAUGAUUCUGACGUCCAGGUGAAGAGGGACGGCGGCGAUCUUUUUGUGUAUAAUACUGAGGCCCAUCCAAUAAGGGUGUUCGAAGGAACAGGUAAACGAAGGAGGAGAUGA